CCCUCCGCCUCUUUAAAAAAAAUCAUCAAGAUGCAGCAGGCACCCGUACUUGUUAUGAACACCAACAUGGAAAGAGAGUCGGGACGUAAAGCCCAGCUCUCCAACAUCACAGCUGCAAAGACCGUUGCAGAUGUCAUCCGUACAUGUCUUGGCCCUCGAUCUAUGCUCAAGAUGCUUCUCGAUCCUAUGGGCGGUAUCUUACUGACAAACGAUGGUAACGCGAUCUUGCGUGAAAUCGAGGUCGACCAUCCUGCUGCCAAGAGCAUGAUCGAGUUGUCGAGAACCCAAGAUGAAGAAGUCGGUGAUGGCACCACAAGUGUCAUCAUUCUUGCCGGUGAGGUGCUUGCACAAGCUCUUCCCCACAUCAAGAACAACAUUCACCCUAUUGUGAUCAUCAGCGCCUACAAGAAGGCUCUUGAAGACGCAUUGAAGAUUGUUGAGGAGAUCUCUAAGCCUGUGGAUGUGACCAACAAUGCAGAGAUGUUGGCUCUGAUCAAGUCUUCCAUCGGUACCAAAUUCGUAAACACCUGGAGUGACUUGAUGUGCAAGCUUGCUUUGGAUGCUGUUCGUACUGUUGCACGAGAGGAAGAGGGUACCGGUAGAACCGAGGUUGAUAUCAAGCGUUAUGCUCGUGUUGAAAAGAUUCCAGGUGGUGAAAUUGAGCAGUCCGAGGUUUUGGACGGUAUUAUCCUCAACAAGGAUGUCACUCACCCCAAGAUGCGUCGUAAGAUCGAGAACCCUCGCAUUAUCCUCCUCGAUUGUCCUCUUGAGUACAAGAAGGGUGAAUCCCAGACCAACAUUGAGAUCUCCAAGGAGGCAGACUGGAACCGUAUCCUUCAGAUUGAAGAGGAGCAGAUCAAGGCUAUGUGCGAUAAGAUUAUUGAAUUGAAGCCUGAUAUUGUGUUCACCGAGAAGGGUGUUUCUGACCUUGCCCAGCACUACUUUGUUAAGAACAACAUUACCGCCAUUCGUCGUGUCCGCAAGACCGACAACAACCGUAUUGCUCGUGCUGUUGGUGCCACCAUUGUGAACCGUGUUGACGACCUUAGAGAUACUGAUGUCGGUACCCACUGUGGUCUGUUCUACAUCGACAAGAUCGGAGAUGAGUACUUCACUUUCCUUACCAAGUGCAAGGAUCCUAAGGCUUGCUCCAUUAUCCUCCGUGGUCCCAGCAAAGAUAUUAUUAAUGAAGUUGAGCGCAACCUCCAGGAUGCCAUGUGCGUUGCACGCAACGUUUUCUUCAACGCAAAGCUUGCACCAGGUGGUGGAGCAACAGAGAUGGCAGUAUCCGUCAGACUUGAGGAGAAGGCCAAGACCUUGGAGGGUGUUGAACAGUGGCCUUACCGGUCUGCUGCUGAAGCUAUGGAGGUUAUUCCCCGUACUUUAAUCCAGAACUGUGGUGCCAAUGCCAUCAAGGUUUUGACCCAACUUAGAGCCAAGCACGCCAACGGAGAACACUCAUUUGGUGUUGAUGGCGAGUCUGGAAAGGUAGUAGACAUGAAGGAUUAUGGCAUCUGGGAACCCAGUGCAGUCAAGAUCCAGACCAUCAAGACUGCUAUUGAGUCUGCAUGUCUGCUUUUGCGUGUAGAUGAUAUCGUUUCUGGUAUCUCAAAGAACAAGAGCCAGGGUGCUGGUCCUGGUGGCAUGAGCCAUGAUGCUGCAGAGGAGAUGAUCGGCGAUCGCGAGUAAAGCAAAAAAGAAAGAAAGAAAAACAAAACAAAACACAACAAAACAAAAAAAGAAGGUGUUGAUAUAUAUAUAUUCCAAAUGUUCUACAGAAAACAUAUACAUUGUUUCCAUAUCAAAUUGUCACUAGUAAAUUUGGCCUGUCGUUUUUUUUUGCAGUUUGACUUGUCGCUUUUAACAAUUUUCACUUGUCAUAUUUAAAAAUUUUCAUUUGUCGCAUUU